AUGGGCGGAGCUGGGGCGCAAGUCUGCGGUUUGAAAAGGCAGCGCCUCAGCAAGCUCAGGCCGCAGCUCAAGAGGCAGCGCUCCUGCUCGCCGGAGCUGCUGCGCUGCAAGAGGCGCCUCAAUUUCAGCGGCUUCGGCUACAGCCUCCCGCCCCAGCAGCCGGCGGCCGUCGCCCGGCGCAACGAGCGGGAGAGGAACCGGGUCAAGCUGGUCAACCUGGGCUUCGCCACCCUGCGGGAGCACGUCCCCAACGGCAGCGCCAACAAGAAGAUGAGCAAAGUGGAGACCCUGCGCUCGGCGGUGGAAUACAUCCGAGCCCUGCAGCAGCUGCUGGACGAGCACGAUGCCGUCAGUGCCGCCUUCCAGUCCGGCGUGCUCUCGCCCACUCUGUCCAGCGACAUGAACUCCAUGGCUGGCUCGCCCGUCUCUUCCUAUUCCUCGGAUGAAGGAUCCUGCGACCCUCUGAGUCCGGAAGAGCAGGAACUGCUGGACUUCGCUAGCUGGUUUUGA